GUAAAAAAAAAUAAAAAAUAAAAAAUAAAAAAAUUACAGUACCAAUAACGAUUCUAGAAUCAUCCCAGAGAAAUGUGUUGAUAGUGUUCUUCUGGUGUCCAUCGAAAUUGACUUGGUAUGGUUGUUAAAAAAAAAAAACUUGGUAGAAGAUAGGAGAGAGAAGAAUGUCAUUAGUCCCGACCUCCGACGGCGGUAACAACGGACCGUUUUUCGCAGAAGUAGAAAUGGGAGCUGACUCUUCUGCUCCCACUGUUCGUGCCACCGUCGUCCAAGCUUCUACCGUCUUCUAUGACACUCCUGCCACUCUCGAGAAGGCUGAAAGGUUGCUGGCUGAGGCAGCCUCAUAUGGAGCCCAGCUGGUUGUAUUUCCUGAAGCUUUUAUUGGUGGCUAUCCACGUGGUUCAAAUUUUGGGGUCACAAUUGGUAACAGGACAGCAAAGGGCAGGGAAGAAUUUCGAAAAUACCAUGCCUCGGCUAUUGAUGUCCCAGGUCCCGAAGUUGAUCGUUUGGCUGCAAUGGCUGGAAAAUACAAAGUAUAUUUGGUAAUGGGUGUAAUAGAGAGAGAUGGAUACACACUGUACUGUAGUGUUCUAUUUUUUGAUUCUCAAGGCCAUUACAUGGGAAAACAUAGAAAAAUGAUGCCAACUGCACUUGAGCGUGUAAUUUGGGGUUUUGGGGACGGAUCAACAAUUCCAGUUUUUGAAACUCCCAUUGGAAAAAUUGGUGCUGCUAUUUGUUGGGAGAACAAAAUGCCACUUUUGCGGAUGGCAAUGUAUGCUAAAGGUAUUGAGAUUUUUUGUGCUCCAACAGCUGAUGCAAGGGAGGUUUGGCAAGCAUCCAUGACCCAUAUAGCUCUUGAAGGUGGAUGUUUUGUUUUGUCAGCCAACCAGUUCUGUAGAAGGAAAGAUUAUCCUCCACCCCCUGAAUACGUGUUUUCUGGAAUAGAAGAUGAUCUGAAUCCUGAGUCAGUUGUAUGUGCUGGUGGUAGUGUAAUUAUAUCACCAUCAGGGGCUGUCCUUGCUGGACCAAAUCAUGAUGGUGAGGCGCUCAUCUCAGCCGAUCUAGAUUUGGGAGAGAUAGCACAGGCGAAGUUUGAUUUUGAUGUAAUUGGUCACUAUUCAAGACCGGAGAUACUUAGUCUGACUGUUAGGGACCAGCCAACAAAUGCUGUAUCUUUCACAUCGGAUUCUGAAAGAACUGAAAGAUCUUAAGGCUGUUGCUGAUGGUUAUCUUGACAAGCCAGUCCAUAUUGUGUAGUGUUCUUCUGCAGAAUGUUUCGUCUGUUUGUUUUCUGCAUCUCACAAUUAUCGACUACUUAUGCUGCUCCUGCUGCUGCUACUACGUCUCAUGGUACUAUCAGAGAAACUGCCAGGUUUUGCAGAUAUUACGUAAAAAAUAAAGGUUUUGUUAGAUCAAAGUAUCCUUAUUGUUCUGCAUACCUGCAUUGCUAGGCACACAAAAAGAAACCCAUGAACAACUACUCCAGGAAAAAGGUGCAAAUUUCCUCUUCAUUUCAUAAAAAUAGUAGAAUAUUUUAUCUUAAUAUGUUCAUCGUUUGACAAUUGACAUUCAUGUUGUUUGCCUCCAAGAAUAUACAAGUACAAAGUAUAUGGGCUUGUCCUUUCUUGUUUUCAAACGUGUUAUGUUCUUCAUUAAUUUGAUAAUUUAUGCCUUUGUUCUGUUGUUAAUAUCUAGGGGAUUGCCACCAAUUUUGGACGUA